AUGCGGAGAGUUGUCGUGACCGGGCUGGGAGCUGUAACGCCCCUGGGUGUUGGAGUCAAAAGAACAUGGUCCCGGAUUCUACAGGGCCACUGCGGCAUCGUCUCAACAUGCCAUCUCGGAGACGAGUUCAAGGCCCUUCCAAGUCAAGUCGCUGGUCUGGUCCCCGUUCCCUCAUCUGAUUCAGAAGUGGAAGAAGGGGUUUGGAGAGCUAAGGACCAUGUCUCGUCCACGGAGCUUCGCCAAACUGCAAAAUUUGCACAGUACGCUCUUGCAUCGUCAGCCGAAGCAUUGCAAGAUGCCGGCUUUGGAGACGGCAAGGGUCUCGAUCCGGAGAUGACGGGCGUCUGUCUCGGCUCCGGAAUCGGCAACCUGGAAGACCUCUACACCACCUCAUUGGCAUAUCACCAGGACAGGAACUACCGCAAGAUCCAUCCGCUUUUUGUGCCCCGACUGUUGAUCAAUCUUGGAGCCGGACACAUCUCCAUGCGCUACGGCCUCAGAGGCCCCAAUCACGCCGUCACCACUGCAUGCACCACCGGUGUCCAUAGCCUCGGGGACGCUUCACGCUUCAUCAAAUCCGGCGAAGCAAACGUGAUGAUCGCCGGGGGUGCGGAAUCAUGCAUCCAUCCCCUUGCGAUAGGCGGGUUUGCGCGGUCGAGGAGCUUGGUGACCAAGUUCAACGAAGAGCCAGGGAAGAGUUCACGGCCAUUUGAUGCAGACAGGGCAGGAUUUGUGAUCAGUGAGGGCGCAGCUUGCGUCGUCCUCGAGGAGAUGGAGCACGCCAAAUCCCGCGGCGCCACAAUCUACGCCGAACUCGUCGGCUACGGCAACUCAGCAGACGCUCACCAUCUCACAGCCCCGCUUGAAGAUGGCGCCGGAGCUCUCCUGGCCAUGCAGAGGGCCCUCAAACAAGCCCAAAUCCCGCCUUCGAAAGUGGACUAUAUCAAUGCUCACGCGACGUCCACGCCUUUGGGGGAUCAGGCUGAGAACCAAGCAAUCAAGACACUUAUGCUGGGGGAACAGGGCAGGGAAUCUGCCAAAGACAUCAAUGUGAGCAGCACCAAGGGCGCAAUUGGGCACCUCCUGGGCGCUGCAGGAGCAAUUGAGGCUGUGUUCACUGUCCUGGCCCUGUACGAGGAUACCUUGCCACCAACCAUCAACCUCGUCUCCCAGGCCGACGAGUUCGACUGCAACUAUGUUGCCAACACGGCGCAACAGGCAGAAGUCAACGUUGCCUUGACCAACAGCUUUGGGUUUGGUGGGACAAAUGCCAGUCUCUGCUUUCAAAAAUGCAAGUGA